AUGGCUGCCGUACGCGCCUCAAAGUCCACAGUGUCCAGUGACUUAGCGCGUGAGCUUGAUAUCGCUAUGAAGAACGAAUCUGAAAAAGCAACAACAGAUGGAAAGAGGAUCCUUUCCUUGCUGUCCGCCCGACUAAAAGAGGACGACCGAAUACUUGCAGACCUGGAAAAGGUAGCAUCCGGAAUCACACCAACCGGCGACGAUGCCUCCAUCGUCAAGCGGACUUCAGAGCUUGGCGCCCUUUUAUCUCAAUGCGUGGCGGAGGAAAUACAAUGCCGACUCGACCGGCUGUAUCUUGAGAAUCUGAGCAUUAAUCAGGAGGACCCCGACUGUGGACCGUCGGCUGUCAACAAUGAAGCGAUACUUGCUUUAGAAGAGGAGCUUGAAUCUUUAUAUAGCGAAAUUGAGGUCCUGGCGGAAAUCUCCACAAAGCAACAAUUCAGUGAGCCGAUAUUGCGUGAGCUCCAAAACCACCAUGGCCAAAUGCGCAUCGCCUCCCACGAGAAACUUGACCAUAUACUCCAUGCGAUGAUUGAGAUGACAUCCUCCUCAGAGCUCCUUACCAAAUCUCUGCAUGACCGGGAAUCGUUCUGCGGGGCCUUUGAGGCUUUCGCCGCCGCUUAUCGAUCAGAAAUAGGCAAUCAGUUCCUAGAGCAGACCAGCUCACGCCGCGAUACCUUAAAGAGGCGGUCAAUCCAACAAACAAUGAAACCUUCAGCGAACAUACCUGCAUUCCUAUCCGAAUCCCAGGAAUCUCAUGUUCUCGCGAGUCUCCUGCGCCGCAUCGGCCUUUCUUUCGAAUCCGUAUUCCAGUCUGAAGAAAAAGAUGGUGGUGCAAACGCACUUGCUGAGAAACGGCAACAUUUACUCGAGUGUCUACGGAAUUUCGGUGUUGCUGCCGACUCUCCCUUGGUCACUGAGACAGUUUCCACCGAUCAAGCGACCAGACUUCUCUUAUCUGCUUUGCACUCUGAUUCGCACCAGGAGACCUCGCUCACCGAUGUCGAUAACGAGAAGGGACUCUCUGAACUGGAAGCGCAACUAGGGGUGAUUCAGAAGGGCAUUGGGAGACUCGACAUGGAUUCUCUAUAUCGACGAGACAAGAACCAGGAAAGGUUUCUGGAGACCUGGUCCUAG